GAGACCCCGCCCCCCUUGAGAAGAAAGCUGAAGCCCCUGCAGGACGGGGGCCUGCGUCGCCAUGGGCUCCACCGCUGCCCCGGAGGGAACGCUGGGCUACGUCCGCGAGUUCACUCGCCACUCCUCCGACGUGCUCGGCAACCUGAAUGAGCUGCGCCUGCGCGGGAUCCUCACUGACGUCACGCUGCUGGUUGGCGGGCAACCCCUUCGAGCUCACAAGGCAGUUCUUAUCGCCUGCAGUGGCUUCUUCUAUUCAAUUUUCCGAGGCCGUGCAGGAGUCGGGGUAGACGUGCUCUCCCUGCCCGGGGGCCCCGAAGCCGGAGGCUUUGCUCCUCUUCUGGACUUCAUGUACACUUCACGCCUACGCCUCUCUCCGGCCACUGCACCAGCCGUCCUUGCGGCCGCCACCUACUUGCAGAUGGAACACGUGGUCCAGGCAUGCCACCGCUUCAUCCAGGCCAGCUAUGAACCUCUGGGCAUCUCCCUGCGGCCCCUGGAGGCAGAACCCCCCACGCCCCCAACGGCCCCUCCACCAGGCAGUCCCAGGCGCUCCGAAGGGCACCCAGACCCACCUACUGAGUCUCGCAGCUGCAGUCAAGGGCCCCCCAGUCCAGGCAGCCCAGACCCCAAGGCCUGCAACUGGAAAAAGUACAAGUUCAUCGUGCUAAACUCUCAGGCCUCCCAAGCAGGGAGCCUGGCAGGGGAGAGGAGUUCUGGUCAACUUUGCUCCCAGGCCCGGCUCCCCAGUGGAGAUGAGGCUUCCAGCAGCAGCAGCAGCAGUGAAGAAGGACCCAUUUCCGGUCCACAGAGCAGGCUCUCUCCAACUGCUGCCACUGUACAGUUCAAAUGUGGGGCUCCAGUCAAUACCCCCCAUCUCCUCACACCCCGGGCUCCAGAGACCACUGGGUCACACUCUGGGCGGGCUCAUCCACCACCAGGAAGUGAAUUUUUCAGCUGCCAGAGCUGUGAGGCUGUGGCUGGGUGCUCAUCGGGGCUGGACCCCUUGGCUCCUGGGGAUGAGGAUAAGCCCUACAAGUGUCAGCUCUGCCGGUCUGCCUUCCGCUAUAAGGGCAACCUGGCCAGUCACCGCACGGUGCACACAGGGGAAAAGCCCUACCACUGCUCCGUCUGCGGAGCCCGCUUUAACCGGCCGGCUAACCUGAAAACGCAUAGCCGCAUCCAUUCGGGAGAGAAGCCCUAUAAGUGUGAGACGUGCGGCUCGCGCUUUGUACAGGUAGCGCAUCUGCGCGCGCACGUGCUGAUCCACACCGGGGAGAAGCCCUAUCCUUGCCCCACCUGCGGGACUCGCUUCCGCCACCUACAGACCCUCAAGAGCCACGUUCGCAUCCACACGGGAGAGAAGCCUUACCACUGCGACCCCUGCAGUCUGCAUUUCCGGCACAAGAGUCAACUUCGGCUGCAUCUGCGCCAGAAACAUGGAGCUGCUACCAACACCAAAGUGCACUACCACAUUCUGGGGAGGCCCUAGCUGAACGCCUGCCCAGGCCCCACUCCCUUCCUGGAAGACAGGAAAGCUGCGGCUCACGCCUGGGUUCGUUGUCAGGCUUGGGCAUAGGGGUGUGCAAGGCCCCUCGAUGUCAGCGACUUGCCACCACCUUAAUUUCUCACUGGGGAGAGCAGGGGUGGCAGAUCCCAGCUUGAUCUGCCUUUGUUUUGCUGGUCAAAACCUCUUCCCCACGAUCAAAAUUGUUUCUGAGGAGAGAACAAGCUAGGAGCUGGAGGAGGGGAGAGACUGGAGGCCUGGUUUCCACCUGCAGCCCCCAUCUCAUUCGGUUUAUCUGUAAAUAUAAUUUAUUGAGGCCUUUGGGUGGCACCAGGGCCUUCAUUCUAUUGCAUUUCCCAUGUCCCUCUUCCACAAGUGUGAUCAAAAGUGACCUGAAACA